AUGACAGGUAUCCCACCAGAAGUGGCCGUACACAAGCUAAGCUUGGAUCCCAGCAUUCCUCCGGUAAGACAGAAAAAAUGUGUUGUUGUCGAGGCCAGAAACAAAUUCGUCGGCGAAGAGGUAACUCGCCUGCUUGAUAUUGGUUUAAUCCGAGAGGUAAAGCAUCUAGAGUGGCUAGCUAACGUAGUAGUAAUUCCAAAAAAGAACAAUAAAUAUUGCAUGUGCGUAGACUAUAAGGAAUUAAAUAAGGCGUGCCCAAAGGACUCGUUCCCAUUGCCGAACAUUGAUCAAUUAAUUGAUGCAAUGGCCGGGCAUGAGUUAAUGAGUUUUCUCGACGCUUGCUCCGGGUACAACCAAAUUAAGAUGAACCCGGAGGAUCAGGAAAAACUUUCAUUCAUAAUCAAUUUUGGCACAUAUUGCUAUAAUAUGAUGCCCUUUGGUCUAAAGAACGCCGGAGCCACUUACCAGCGGCUCGUAAACAAAAUGUUUGUAAAACAAAUAGGGAAAACCAUGGAAGUUUAUAUAGACGAUAUGCUUGUUAAGUCUUUGAACACAGGUGAUGAUCUUAAACACUUGCAAUAA